AUGUCUGAGCGUAGGCGGACUCCUAUUCCAAUCCUCCUGGCUGUGGAUCCUGGCAAAGCUCAACCACCUGGUUGGACUCACCACGCUCUUUCCCCUCCCUCCUCCUUUCUUCCCGAAGCUGUCGUGUCUGUUGAUGGCAAGCCGGUGAGACUGCAGCUCUGCGACACAGCUGGUCAGGAUGAAUUUGACAAGCUUCGACCUCUGUGCUACACCAACACGGACAUCUUCUUGCUGUGCUUCAGCGUCGUGAGCCCUUCUUCCUUCCAGAACGUGAGUGAAAAGUGGGUUCCCGAAAUCCGAUGCCACUGCCCCAAAGCGCCUAUCAUCCUGGUUGGGACGCAGUCGGACCUCCGAGAGGAUGUCAAAGUUCUCAUUGAGCUGGACAAGUGCAAAGAAAAGCCGGUCUCGGAGGAGGCUGCGAAGCUCUGUGCUGAGGAAAUAAAAGCUGCGUCCUACAUCGAGUGCUCUGCUUUGACUCAGAAAAACCUCAAGGAGGUCUUUGAUGCGGCCAUUGUGGCUGGUAUUCACUAUUCGGAUACCCAGCAGCAACCAAAGAAAUCCAAGUGUAGGACUCCAGACAAGAUGAAAAACCUCUCGAAAUCCUGGUGGAAAAAAUACUGCUGUUUUGUAUAGGAGUUGCAAGGACCCAAGUGCUACUCUGAGGAAAUCAAAUAGAGGCUAUAUUAGCUGAAAUCUCAUUCUGUGUUGUCCCGAGUGUAUAGUGUAGAUCCGUAUGUAUUUGUAUAUGUUGCUACUGGAUGUUUCAGUUGCCCUUUUGAGGGUAGCAGAAGGAUUCUUAGUUAAAUAAUUGCUAUAAAUCAGGUCUGGCAUCAAGUUUCAUGACUAAAAUCUUUCAUUAAGGAAGAAAUGCGCCAUGUGUCUGUGAAGUUAGAAGGAUUUGUACGAAGGAUUUGACUUCUUGUGCUAUAAUGCAUACGCGAUGGGGAGGAACAACUUGGAGGCCUUUGCUGCGAGGGCCAUGCAGGAGAAACGUGCAAGUGACUGGAAACGUAGAGCUCUGUACCUGGACAGUUAAAGAGAAAAAUAACACUGUGCCUCCUAACUGAUAUUUUUAGCUUUAAAAACCCACUCCUGCUCUUUUCUCCAUGUCUUCCCAAAGCAACAUUCUUAGGGAUCACUUUAAAAAGAAAGGGCAUGCAAGAGGUGUGAUCUGUGCGCAAAUGCCGUAGUUGGAAAGGUCACGCAUAUACCUCCAAUAUGCUGUUAGGGAAUCUAAUACAUUAAGGAACUGACAUCUCAUUUGUCACCUCCUGACUUGAAAAUCGUUUCUCUUCUCUUUCCCCCAUUCUUCCCAGGCAGUUGUAUGGAAGCCCAAGGAACAUUAGUAAGCUUUAACUCAUUACUUCGAAUAGUAGUGAGUUCCUUUGUAUUUAUUCAGACAUGACGACAGUUCAUCUAUUUCAGCUGAAAGGAAUGUAAAUGCUGUUGUGUUGAGUUUUUUAAGUUUUCGUUUCAGAGUUGUUACAAAUAUCCGUGCAGCACCACGUAAACUGCAUCCGUUUUUAAGUCUACAACCAAGAGUUUCCAAAUGCCCCUCCUCACCCUUUUUAGGCUGCUAAACAAAUAAGCAAAUCAGGCAGAUCAAGAUUAUGGCAAACUGAACUCUAGAAACUGAGACUGUUGUGUCUUCUUCAUGAUGCUGUUUUCAACCAAGUUAAUGUUUCCCUUCUAAAGGCAGCAGUUGCUUGUCGUUGAAUCUUGUCCAAGAUCAUACUCUGGAAAUUGGCUGCGAUCACCCUGGAAAUUUAACUGAUAAUUCUUUCCCAGAUCAGUCCAACAAAUUAAAGUGAAAUAUGCCUAAAAGGUUGCUGAGUGAUUAACAUAAUGCCGAGCUGAGUGUGAUCUACUCUCUGACUAAAUCUGAUUCCUGCUAAACUAAACCUGAUUCCAGCCCCUCUUGGGUUCAGGAGACCUUUGGGGUAACGUGACUCUCUCUGCAAGCAUCAAUAUUUUAACUUAUUGUGCAGAAAACAGUUUGUGUUGUCUGUCUGUCUUUUUAUGGCUCUGACUACUUUUUUUUAUCUCGAUAUUUCAAGAUCAAAUUAUAUUCUGGCUCCCCCCGCCUCCCAGUGGCCAUAGCCUUCAGGUGACCUUUUUCAUAGUCUUAAACUAAACUGCAGUGACAGAAAAACCGAACCUUUUUUCAUCAUAAAUGGAUCAGUGCCUGAUAUAAAGAGGAACUGUGGAAGCCAUUUGAAUUGAUAAAGCUAACCACAGUUUACCUCCUGGCCCAUUAAGGAAAAUGACACCAUGUAAAUGGAUUCUGGGAUGUAUUGGCAAGCUCCAUGAGCAGUAUUUUUUCCUCCACUGCAGCAAAAUGAAUGCAGAAUGCAUAACAUUCCAGUGCUGAAAACUUCCAAAUGGAAUGGAAAUCUUUACAUAGGGCCUGAUUCAAUAAAAAUGUGUUGGCUUCUGCACUGGAACAGCCUGGAAAAGCAGUUUCCAUAGCACAGAAGCUGGAUGACUUUAACUUGGUUGCAUCUGGUUCGUAAUAGUUUAAUGUUUACUGGUCAUGACGUUAACAUCUGAGCCGUUAUAUUUCAUGCUCUAAUGUUUGACAGGAUUUCAGAUACACAGUCAUACUGUCAUCUUGGGGAAAAUAUUAAGCCAAAUUUCUCUUAGGUGCUUCGCUUCUCUGUAAAAUGGUCUCAGUUGAUCUAAAAUGUGGAUUUUGAAGGGGAAAGGCUUGCAUCUGAGCAACUCCCACUUGCAAAAAUAACAGAAUUUGUCCUGCAAGAUCAAAAUGGUUUUUAUCAUGCCAUACUGGAAGCAGUAGGUUAUAUUUUAUAAGCAGCCUGUUUCAUAGUCUGGAGUAGCAUUACUUUUAAAUGUAGCCAGCUGUGACUGUUUCUGAAAAUGUGAUGUAUAUACAACUUGUUAUAGCCCUUUACUAGGUGUAUGUAAACUGAGGUCUAAUAACUUUAUGAAUACUGCUCUACAUGGGGCUACACAGGGUCUAGGUUUUAGAAUAUUACUUUUAAAAUCACCAGUAUUUUAUGAGCGCAAGUGAGGGGGAAAUGUCUCUAUGUAGUCUAUAAUCUGAUGUGCCUUAUAAAGUUCUCUUCUGAGUGUAGGCUAUAUUCUGAAAGAAAUAUUUCAUGUGAAAAAUGAUAUAAAUGAGGUAUUCGGAAAUAAAUUCUGCUCCGUGUA